GUAACCCUUGCAACUGCUUCCAUUUCCCAAAGCGCUAUCUCUGCACAACAUCGCUCUCAAUGAAAAAUACAUAGGCUACUUUCAAAAAUCGCCUUUACCUAUCGUAUUCUGUUUUUGUACAUUUUGGGACUUAUUUUUGGCUUAAAAGUCCUGCUUUAUUCCCCCUACUAUAUAAGAAGGAAUCCUAUUAAUUUUAAACCAAAAUAAAAUCUGGGAUUGUUUUUGGAGACCUUAUAUGUGUUGAAUACGUAGUACAAGCAUUUCCACAGUUUUUCUGGAAAGGGGAGCAGUUCCAUAGGGUGUAAACUUUAGUAUAGUAGAAUCUUACCCUUCUGUUCAAAGUUGCGCGAAGAAAGACUUUCUGACGGUCUGAGUAAUGCUCAAGAAACAGAGCCUCUUAGCGGAAGCAAAGAAAGCGUCACCAACAAGAACCGAGACCAUCCUUUGUGCCUGACGCCUCCUGGACACAUCUGCCGGGAGAAAACAUUUUCAAGAAUUUUGAGAUAAUGUGAAACGCCGCACAGCAUUUAUUCACUGUGUUUUUUGGAAAUCUAGCGAACCAACUUUCUGGGGAAAUGGCGAGCGCUUUGUCGAAUUUCUCUCUUGUCCUAGUUUUGCUUGGAUUUUUGAUGUGCACGCUGCCCCUUGUCAAGGGAGAGCCGGGAGAACAAGAAGAUGAGGAGCGAUCUUGUCAAGGGGCUUUCGACUUGUACUUUGUCCUCGACAAAUCUGGAAGUGUGAAACAUCACUGGAUAGAGAUCUACUCGUUUGUCGAACAUCUGGCUGAAAAAUUCAUUAGUCCAAUGUUGCGGAUGUCCUUCAUCGUGUUCUCAACACGUGGAACUACAAUAAUGGAACUAACUGAGAACAGGGAUGAAAUACGAAAAGGGCUUAAUUUCUUGAGAAGGGAGAUACCAGGUGGGGAUACCUUUAUGCAUCUCGGACUGGAAAAGGCAAAUGAACAAAUACGCAGAGAGAACUUUGGUACAGCAAGUGUCAUCAUCGCAUUGACUGAUGGAGAGCUAAAUGAACAUCAACUGACAGAUGCACAGCAAGAGGCAGAGAAAGCUAGGGCCUUAGGAGCCAUCGUGUACUGCGUGGGAGUGAAAGACUUCAAUGAGACACAGCUGGCUACCAUCGCGGACACCAUCGAACAUGUGUUUCCUGUGAUGGGUGGGUUCCAGGCGCUCAGAGGGAUAAUUGACUCGAUUAUCAAGAAGUCUUGCAUUGAGAUUUUAGCAGCUGAGCCCUCCAGUGUCUGUGCGGGAGAGUCGUUCCAAGUGGUCGUGAGAGGGAACGGGUUUUUACACGCCAGAAAUAUCGACCAGGUCCUAUGUAGCUUCAAGGUCAAUGACACAGUAACUGUCAAUACGAAACCUGCGGACAUAGAAGACACAUACUUGCUGUGCCCUGCACCAGUCAUAGAAGAAGUUGGGAAGGUUGUUUACCUGCAGGUCAGCAUGAAUGAGGGCCUGUCCUUCAUUACCAGUUCUGUGCACAUCACCAGCACUGAGUGUUUUGAUGGCACCAUCCUGUUCAUCACUCUGCUGGUGCUCUUCCUUCUCAUGGCCCUCCUGUUCAUGUGGUGGUUUUGGCCCCUGUGCUGUACCGUGGUCAUCAAAGAACCCCCUCCUCCCCCUCCCCCAGAACCAGAGUCAGAUGACGAGGACGGGAUGCCCAAGAAGAAGUGGCCCACCGUGGACGCGUCCUAUUAUGGUGGGCGAGGGGUCGGGGGCAUCAAGAGGAUGGAGGUUCGCUGGGGAGGGAAGGGCUCCACAGAGGAGGGAGCCAAGCUGGAGAAGCCCAAGAACGCCGUUGUCAAAAUGCCCGAGCAGGAAUUUGAGCCCUUCGAACCCAAACCAAGGAAGGCAGGAGGCAGGAAGCAGGCGCAGGACAGGAAGUGGUACUCGCCCAUCCAGGGGAAACUGGACGCGCUGUGGGCCCUGUUUCGCCGUGGGUACGACCAGGUGUCUCUCAUGAGGCCCAAACCCGGGGAUCAGGGUCGAUGUAUUAACUUCACACGGGUGAAAGAAGAGGCAGCCAGGGCCCCGCCCAGACCCAACUCUGCUCCGCCCCCGCCCGCCUACCAACCCCUGAUCCAGCCCACCAUGCCCCCUCCACAAAGCUGCCCGCCCCCAAACGGACCCCCCACAAAACCACCACCCAACGGGCUGCCUCACGGACCACCCCCGGCCCGCACGCCCCCCGGCCCCCCCGUCCCACCUCCCUCGCGCCCCCCGCCCUGCCCCGAAAGGAGGCUGUGAGAACAGCAGACGCCCCACCCACUUCAAUGAACGCAAAUGUUUCCCAAAAAAAAGAAGAAGAAAAAAGUCUCUCUCUUUUUACACCAGAAUAGUAUUUAUUUGAAAUUGGGGUUCAACUGAAGAGGUUUGUUGUUUGUUGCUGGACAGCAAAAAAAGAAAAAGAAAAUGAAAAAAAAGAAAAAAAUCCCUUUGAGAAAGACGUGAAAUCAACUACUGAGGGUGCCCACAAUGUCAGAGUCUAGAGGAGAGCAGCUGGGUUUUCAGGUGCACAGAUUUGCCCUUCUGCCUUUCCUUGUAAAAUAGACUAGAUGUUCACUCCCUCCAACAGUCAGCAAACAUUCGGUCUUUCCAGCCUCACAUUAAAAAUGAAGAGGGAGAAAUCUGCAUUUCUGAAUACGGCGCAUUUGCCAAAGAUCAAUUUUUUAACUAACAUCCUAAAUGAAAAUGCAGUAGGGCACAGAGAUGUCUAUAUGGAAGUAAAAACAUGGGCACAGCACCCUUCAGUAUUCCCACCAGAUAUAAUCCUGGUUAGAAACACCCUCUGUUUUUUCCCUUCAGCCAAUCAGGCAUUAAGUUUUAGCCAAAGGCAUGUCAGAUUCUUAGUUAAAACCAAAGGAAAUAAUGACCGAAUAAUGACCAAAGUACUCCUUCCUCUGGGUGAUUUUGCUGAUCCAUAUCGGAUGUGUACCCCCAUUGAACACCCUUAAACAUGGAUUUAUAUAGUAAAUUCAAACUUUGUGCUGGGAUCCACUGUUAUAUGCUGGUUUAUUUGACCCAGCAAGUAUCUUGGUCAAUUAAGGAUCUUGAAAUCAUGUAUAUUUAAAUGAAUUAUGCACUUUUGCGUAUUCCCACGAAAUGCAGGUUUGGCGUAUUGUCAUUUGCUGUCAUUGAACUUCACGUUUCACAAAUUGUUUAGGUUCAAUGUCCAGGUGACCAGACUUUCAUUAUAUUACAUUGCAGUCACUUAGACGGUACUAAUCCAGAACAAUUUUGCCGAAGUGUAAAGCUCACAAAUACAAAAGGGCCAUGUUAAGCUCAGGAAUACAAAAGUGCAAUAUUUCCUAGAAAUCCCAAAAGGCACAAAAGUCACAAAAUGGUGGCUGAAGGGGGUCUGGGGAGCUAUGGUCCGAUCUGAAGAGGUGGGUCUUUAGUCUGCGUCAGAAGAUGGGCAGGGUUUCUGCUGUCCUGACUGUAGUGGGAAGCUCAUUCCACCACCAGGUGGCCAGAACAGUCAGGGUACAUACCUCGGAAGUGCAGGCAUACUGGGGUGGAGAGGGCAAUGUCAGGGAUUUUAUUUCACCUCUAUAACUCAUCUGUAAUUGAAUCAAUUCAAAAAUGUAACCUCUUUCAAAAAGUAUCAUUAUUCCUGCAGCUCGUAACAGAAAAUUAAAGCAUUUGUCGAUCUGACUGAUUAAAAGUCCAAGGAUAUGAAUAUGGAAUGUUUAUUCUUUGUGGCAUACAGCUAUUUUAGAUAUAACAUGACCAUAUGAGGCUAAAUCAUCCUUCAGUAGACAUUGAGUGUCUAAUUAAGAACAAUGAACAGCUCAUAACUAUUCAGAGGUUACAAUUAUGGAAGAAAUGAAAACCAGCAUAAACAGUGGGUCCCCAGUUUGAAAAACGCCGCAGUAAAUCACAACUUAGUGCUAUUUGCAUCUGCUCCAGCACAGGUUGCUUUUAUAUCUCAUUUUUUUAAAAAGGACGCAGAACACCACAACUGCCAUGGCAUAUUACCAGGACGUAAGGCCCAUGGAAGUAAAGAUUGUAUAGUGAAGUUUUAUGUACAGCGAUUGUGAAAUGACGCAGGAAUCUCAAAACAGUAUGUGCAUCUAAGAAGCUUUAGGUAUGUCCCGAAACAAAGAUGUUCAGUGGAAAAAAGGAAGUGUGGUUACGAAUGAAUAAAAACUUGCUUUGUAAAGCAGAUGAGACAAUUUUGGAACAAAGAAUGCAUUAUUUACCAGCAUUGAGAAAUGAAUGUGGUAGCUAUGGGUUCAUUUCUUUAUUUUUCGUGUUUUUUUUUUUUGUUUUGUUUUGUUUUUUUUGUUUUUACAAGAGGUCCGUCCCCUCCCACACACACAUACAACACAUAUUUCACACAGAAAUAGUCGGGUCAGUGUCUCAAAGCAUAUAUAUUCGAUAUUCCACAACUGUACAAUAUUAUAAUGUGUAUGGGUAUUGUUACGUUUUUACAAAUUGAUUCAGCAAACACAUUGCAACUGCGGGGCAGUUCACAGCUUCUAAUUUAUUAACCCACAGUCAACACGAAGGUACUUGAAUAUGACAAGGUGUCCUCUGGUAAUACAGGACACAAUGCAUGUGAUGAGUAAAGAAUUCAUUUAACCUCAUGUACCAAAAACAGUGCCUUCUGGAUUUUUUGCGUUUUGAAUUUUUGUACUUUUAUAGUUUUGUAAUUCACCUUGCUUCAGUAAUGCAGAUUUAGCUGUAUUCUUUUGUUAGUUUGCACUGUUCACUUGUAUGGAAUAAGAAAAAGGGUGUUGCAUGCAUUUUUCCUGUUACAAUGUUCUGAACAUAAAAUAGAUGCAAUGCAAUUCCGUGGUAUCUAAGAUGUAUGUGCAUUCCACCAAGUGUCAACCAUGAUUUCCAUACAUUUGUGUAAACAGUUAGUGGUAAUAUCCUGCUUGAACAAUGGGAUGAUCUAGUUACACUAGACAGUGCUUUUAUAUAAAACUUUUGUAUUAAGUGUUUCCUUGUACCAAUCUUGUUUUGUUUGAUUCAGGGUGACUAUCGAGGUGGCUUUGUGGAGAUGUAACACCUUUGUUCUCCAAAAAGACUAUGACCUUAAAUGCUGGUAUGAUAAAAACAAAUAAUAAAAAAGAUUGCUAUAAAUUGUACAUGUAUUAACAACAGUACUGCGAGAAAUAUUGAAAAAAAUGUUAAUGUUUCUUUUUUCAUUAAAUGUUUUUAUUGACAGUUCUAAUAAAGGUUGAAGUUCCAA